UCAAACAACCAGCACAUGAGGUGUCAUUUAUUAGAAAAGAGAACCGCCACCACCACAACACACAUACACACACACACAUAAAAGAAAUCCAAAUGGUAUUAACAGAGUCCACCCUUCCCAAAGAUUCAUCCUCGAAUCCAGGCCGAACCGAUUCCGGAGGAGGGGGGGGGUGCAAUUCCCACCUUUACAACUACAUCGUCGAACGGGCCGCGCCGAGCAAGUUGUGUCAAAUGCGUCACGUCCAGCCCAGGCCCUACACCCCCCUUUAUCCCGACCUCAUCGCGCGGGUGACACAGUCCAACGACUACACCCUGCGCCCCCCCCCUUACGUCGUGCAACAGACCCUGAUGGAGUUCUACCGGGUCUGUAACGGGCAUUACGGCAUUCACUGCGAGGUCCCAAGCUCGAUGGAGCUGCUCACGAUGCAGGGCUAUCACGGCAACACGAGUCCGAGCGGGGGCGGCGCCCCACAGGGAGCUCCAUCGUCGUCGUCCCCGGGCUUAGCGGCCUGCACCACACGGUCGGGCAUCACGGGUGUGCCCAAUAAGCUAGUGGCCGGUGCAAGGGAUGGGAGACGUGAUGGGAAUGAUGAGGAAACGUUGAGGGCUAAUGACUUUACUAAAGUCUUGGAUGAUUACCGAAUUACACAACUCCGCCGCAAUGCCCAGCACCAAGAUACCUAUAACGGUAGAAGACUGUGCAUGUACUUCAAUACACGCGAGGGAUGCCGCCGGGGGCCCUAUUGUGAAUUCCUUCAUGUGGAUAAGAACGGUGCAUUGGCGCAGAGUCGUCGUGUGGAAAGUGAUACUUAAACGAAGGAUAGAGUACAUCCUCCUUUAGAUGAUAUUACAAAAGGAGAGAAAAAGGAUUAAAAAUAUAUAAGUGAAACUAUAUUGCUAAAACGGAUCGAAUACAUGUCUGUCAUAUAGCACUAUUAAGCUAUAGUUGUUUCUUUCUGUUGAUUGGGGGGUUCCUCUUGUUGCUGAUGCAAAGCGUAA